AGCAGUACUUCGGACUGAGAAGGGACGGCAAAACACCCUCUUUACUCUCCUGACCUUUUGAGGGAUAUGAUGGAGGCGGAGACCUUCGCCUUCGACCUGGCUUCCUCCAGCACAGACUGAAGCCUCUGAGCCUCCUUCUUCUAUUUCAGAAGGGGAAUUGGCUUCCCCUGAGACAGGCUGAAACUCCUGAACUUCCUCUUCAGAAGAGAGGAGAUCAGCUGGGGGGGGCAUGACAAGGUCUGGAUCUGGGCUGUCUGGAGAAGAACCGCUUGAUUCAUGUGGCUACUGUCAAGAUGGGAGAGGCAAAUGCGACAUAUUUCUCCAUCGCUGAUACAACCAAGCCAUCUUUCUUUUUAAAAGAAAUUGUGAUAAUCUCAUCUGUUGUGAUAGGGAUUGUGGGAUUAAUUGGGAAUGGAAUUGUCACCUGUCUUUUUUGCUACAGAUGCAAGAAUUCCAGGUUCUUUGUAUAUUUCCAGAAUAUUGCUUUUUCUAAUACUAUUGUACUCUUCUACGUGUUUGUUUUUUUCCAGAGGACUUGUUUCCAUAGAGGUAUUAAGCUCCGUUUUCUAUAUAUAAUAGAGAUGCUGCAGACAUUAGGAUACAAUACAAGAUUCUAUCUAUUAAGAACAGUCUGUGUUGAGAGGUGUCUCAUGGUCUUCUGGCCAGCUUGGAAUAAACGUUACCGGCCACAACACACGACAUUCCUGGUGUGCGGCGUUUUGUGGAGCUUGUCUUGUCUGACCUCAGUGGUGGAUAAUUUGGCCUGCUCUUCAGAUUUCAUCAAACCUAACAAGCCAUUUUUAAUCAAUUGCAAAAAUGCAAGUAUAAUGAGAAUUGUCAUUGAUUUAGCGAUUUUUCUACCUCUUGUCGUCUCUUGCACUUCAGCUAUUUUGAUCAGGCACCUGACCCAGCAAGUGCCACUGGCAAGGCUUGACAUCACCAUUGUGGCCACUGUUGUUCUAUGUAUUCUAUCUGACACACCAAUUAGAAUUGCUCAUAACAUCAUUUAUUGGCUUCAAGGAAUUGAUGAGGGUUUUUUAACUACAGUUACUCAGUUAUUUCAUUCCGUACAUUCAAUGGCUAGUGCAUUGAUCCUUGUAAUUGUUGGAUGUUGGAAGAAAACUUCAGAAGAGUCUUUCUUUAUGUUUCUUGAAAGAGCUUUGGAGGCUGAAGAAAACAUGGCACUGAGAACAGAAGCAGAUGAAGAGCCAACCUGAGAAUUUUGUGGGCUUCAAAGGCCAAGUUCUUCUUUUACAAUAGUGAAUAUUUAUGUUUACUGAUGGACACUGUCUAGAGAAAUGGCUUGGUACUGGUUGUGGUUCAUAUGAAACAAGAAAUCCUUUUUAUUUGUCCUAUCUUCUAUGUACUGUAAAGUAAAAAAAAACCACAAGUAUUAUA